AAGGUUCCUGGGUAGCAAAAGCGAAGCCCCCACUACAUGAUGGCACCAUAUUUUUGACUCUUGGAGGGAAACACUUCUUCCCCUGGCUCCACCCAUUCUGAACUUCCUGUCUCAGAGACUUUAGAAGUUGCCAGUCCUUUUCUUUGCUCGGUUAGAGGAAGAUCCCAGCUCAAACAGCUUUGUUGGAGUGAGCUUGAAAAACCAUCAACUAGUUCAAAAGCAGCCACUCUCGCCACUGCGGCGCUGCCCUGACCCGGUACAGCCCUUCCGUGCAGAGGCUCGGGCGGCGCUGCCGAUGACCAGGGGCAGGUCUCCUCGGAGCGAGCUUUGACGGCUCCGCCCUCACUUCCACUUCCUCCACGUUCUUGACAUCCUGGCUGAGCAGUGACCAGAAAAUUGGUGAAAGAAGCUGGGCCCAGAUUUUCCAGGAAGCUGUUUCCUCCUCUCUCUCCUUGAGGGAUAAAGAGAAAACCCUUUUUUCAAAAGCGCUUCUCGGCAUCUGACAGCGUGUCAGGUUGGGCUCGGUGCUGCCAUCACUGAGCCGCCCCUCCACGCCAGCACGCUCAGCCGGCCCUGGGCGGUCAGCUCAGCCAGGGUCCUUCUAAAUGCUUUCAAAAGGUUGCGGGUAGCAAAAAAAUGUGGUACCGUGUUUCUAGAACACUCUCUACUGGUGAAUAAGGGAAGGGUCAUUUUCUCCACAGGUCCCGCGUGGGCUGGGCAGAAGGCCCUUCAGAGGGAGGCAGAGUCAGGGGGACGAUGCUUAAGCAGUUUGCUUACUUAGCAAGUGCUGACUGAGAACCGGUCUCUGUCCAGAGCGCACCUGUUCCUGGGGGGCACAGGAAAUACCAGACCCAGGGGGUCCUGCAAUCACAAAUCAUCACUCUAGGGGGAGACAGCGGGGCACAGACGAGGUCUCCCUGUUGUAAACCCCACUGCACCUGAGCCCUGAGCGAGCAGAGCAAUUGGAGGUGACCUCACCUAAGCUGUGCUGUUGGGGGUGACCGGCUUGGGGAGAGGGGCUGAAGAACACUCUGUGGAGAAGUGGGAGCUGGGCUCUGGGCACUAGAUGGCCUGGGAUUUCCCAAGAAGAGGGCACGGGCCACAAAGGUGCCAGGUGGAUGGAGGGUAGAGGACUCGGGAAGGUUGAGGGGGGCAGGAUGGCUGAAGCCUCUUAAAGAGAGACACUGAUGGCUCAGGAGGCUUUCUGGGCUAUGCCAAGGAUGGUAAAUUAGUUGCAAAAACAGUAAUAAUUUUAAACAGGAAAAAACCCCAAGUAUGACAUGAAAAAUGAUCUGACUAAAGCAAAAAAAGUCAGCCAUCAGCUCCAUUGUUAACAAGUGACCACCCAUUAGGUUAACACGAAGCUGCAGGGAACUGGAUCAUCUGCAGUACCUGCAAGUAGAAUCAGCAGGAUUUGCAGAGGGACUGGGGAGCAGCUGAGGAACAGGAGGUACAGAGGACCCCAGGUUCUGCAAAACCGCUGGCUGACUAGAGAUGCCAUUCACGGGAACCGGGACUCUGUGGCCACAGGCUGGGGGAGCUCGGGUGCAGCGUGGUCUGAUUCUGUGGAGACGCCCACAAACGCCAAAAUGCAGAACUGGGUGGGAUGGAAAGUUUGGGGUCUGGGGAGGUGUCGGCUACUGACUGCCCGUGACACCCCGUCAGGACUCUGAAUGCACAGAGGGGGGUGGGGGCAGCCCCAGAGCACGGGGCACUGGAGGCUUCAUGUUUGUGUAAGAAAAAGGAACCCCCAGAAAUGAGACGAGAAUGGGGCGUGAGCAGCAGUUUAGAAUUCCAGAGGAAGCGCCUGGGAAAACCAGCAGCUCUCGGCACCUGUGGAAGGUUCCAGAGACCCCACCGCCCGUGACACCUUCUCCUUCCUCUGCAGGACCCCGGCUGCCAUGGCGGCCCCCCUCCACAGCGACCCCAGCGCCAGCGCAGGCCUUGGACACCAAGACCCCAGAGAGUCACAGCUGAGACUGGUCUUACUGGGUAAGACUGGAGCAGGGAAAAGCGCCACAGGGAACAGCAUCCUCGGGAGGAAGGCGUUUUAUUCCAGCCUCGCUGCAAAAUCCGUCACCACGUCCUGCCAGAGAGAGAGCAGCCCCUGGCAUGGGGGAGAAGUGGUGGUGGUGGACACGCCUGGCAUCUUUGACACGGAGGUGCUCGAUGCUGACACCAGCAAGGAGAUCACCCGCUGCCUCCUGCUGAGCUCCCCGGGGCCCCACGCGCUGCUCCUGGUGGUCCCGCUGGGCCGCUACACGCCUGAGGAGCACAAGGCCACGGAGAAGAUGAUGAGCAUGUUUGGGGACACAGCGAGGAGACACAUGAUCCUCCUGUUCACCCGAAAAGACGACCUGGAGGACAUUGAGUUCCGUGACUACUUAAAGGGAGCCACAGACAUCAUUCGGGAGCUGGUGGGCAGGUUCAGCGAUCGCUACUGUCUGUUCAACAACAGGGCGACAGGGGCUGAGCUGGAUGCCCAGAGGGUCCAGCUGCUGGCCCUGGUCCAGCACGUGGUGACGCAGAACGGAGGGGGUUACUACAGCAACGAUCUAUUCCAGAGGGCGGAGGAGGAGAUUCAGAGGCAAACCCUGGUGAGGCAAGAGCACUACAGGGCCGAGAUGGAGAGGGAGAAAGCGCAGAUAAGGCAGGAGUAUGAGGAGAGGAUCAGGAAGCUGGAGGACCAGCUGGAGCAGCGAGAGAGCAGGGCGCAGAUGGAGCGGAAGUUGGCAGAGAAGGAGUCUGUCUACCAGGCCAAGCAGCAAAAUGCCAGGCGUGAAGUGGAGAAUCAGAGAGGGAUACUUGAUGUGAUCUUGAAAGCGCUGGAUGUUGCAUGUCUGGUUUUCUCACGUCUGUUCAAGUAACAGAAAGCGUGAUGGAAAUGUGUCUACUUUCUGGGUGACCGUGCCCCGUAGAAUUCACUCCCCACAGUCACACACUCCCCGUUCUUCUGCUUGCAGCACCAUGGGACACAGCCAAGCUCAUGGUGGCAACUGGUAAAUGUUUCACUGAUUUGCAGGACAUGCAAGUUCUCAGUUUGGGAAACUCGGAGCAGAAGGUAUUGACGGUGCCGCCGUGCGAUUUCUCCCUGAGACGCAGAGCAAAGGAUGCAGGGACCAAAGGUGGUGACCCCGAGCUUUCUCUCCUUACCCCCAAACACACCUUUCUCCAGAGUCUUCUCAUGGGGAGAUGAUCUUGCCAGGGUUUCUCCGCCCUUAUUUGUACCUUCCAGACCCCGUCACCUCACCCAUGUGGGUUAUAGAAAGAUUAAGCAUUUGCAGAGUCAGUUUUAUGGCUGAGGACUGUAUAGAUCUCUCUCUGAAUGAACGUAAACAUGUUUAGUUACAUUUUACAGGGGAACUCAAUCAUUUCUCACCUCCUUCCCAUUGGAGAACAAAGCUCUGUCUGGAAAUUAGAUUUUUUAGUACUUGAUUACAUGAAAUGCCAUGAAAAGAGAAGGGCAGAGAUGCAGCAGAUGACAGAACAAUCAUUGUAGAUGUAUUUGCGGACACACUUCACCCACUUCAGCAAAGCUCACUUGCUGAGCACCCAGCUCUCUGCUCUCUUUGUAACGGCCUCCCCUCCCGGUCCCCCCAGGACCCCAUCCCUGGUUUCUGGCUGACCUGGGUCCUCGGCUCAGGCCUGCCUACCCAUGAGUGUUUGUUAAUAGCUAUGAUAAUAAAGCUGUAUUCUCCCAUUUGGUGCACAGUGGCCGUCUGGUUUUCUUGGGAGUCGCCACGCUGUGUGUAAGAACACUGUGAUGAGUUUCAUGUUGUGCUAAAAUCUCUAGUGUGGUGUGGACUGGACCUGCCCUCGUCUUUCCGGCUCCUCUUCCCCGGAGGGUUUGAGCCACUGUCACCUCCUCUGUCAGCAGGGACCCCACUCCCCUGGAUUUCCUCACUGUGUUCUGAUAGACAUUAUAGUUAACCAACAUGCUGAGGAUGCUGUGGUGUAGCAAAUCCUUUCACAUUCGGGGGACAGAACUGUAGCCCCU